CCCGCCGCCCCCCCAGCCCGGCCGCCGCCACCAUGAGCAGCAGCGCCCAGUGGGACAGCAAACAGGACAAGAAGCUCCUGAAGCCCUUGAUGGAGAAGCGGCGCCGGGACCGUAUGAACCGGAGCCUGGAGCGACUCCGGCUCCUCCUCUUAGAAGCCACCCAGGACGAGAGACUUAAAAACCCCAAAGUUGAAAAGGCCGAAAUUUUACAAAAAACAGUCCACUUUGUGAGGACCCAGCCUCCUGCAGAGCCGGCGAGGCAAGAGGAGACCUUUCUGCGGAGGUACCAGAGCGGCUAUCGGGAAUGCCUGAGCCAGGCCACGCGCUUCCUCCACUCCAGCCCAGGCAUCUGCGCGGGCAAGAAGGCCUACCUGAUGGAGCGCAUCUGCCACUCCAUGGGAAAAAUCACCCCCCGGGACCUGCCGACGGGCAGCCCCUCCUCCAACCCGGCCCACGGCCGGCACGCCCGCGACGCCUUGCCCCGCUGCAGCCCGCCGCUCGGGGACGCCGCCUGCGUCCUGCACCCUGCCCCGGCCUUGCCCGUUGGCCACAGACUGCAGACCCUCGCGGCCGGCCGGCCCCAGCUGGAGAACUGCCCCAAAGGCCCGCGGGACAAGCUGACCGGCUCACAGAACUCUGCUGGCCAGCCCCAGGGGCUCAAUGUCUGGAGACCAUGGCCAUAGGGGCCAGGGACCCCUUGUAAAUCCAUAGAGUGUAUAUUAGAUUCUCUAUAUAUUGUAUAU